AUGGGUCGAAAAAUAAUGGGUUGCGAUCCCAUUGUUAAAUUCACUAUACCCGGAAGUACUGAUCCGAUCGGUGCCGAAUGCUGUAAGAUCACGGAAUAUGCCGUGGACCGGACGGUCCUAGAUUGCGUGGACGGAGCGAAACCUCUCAAAAGUGUCCGGACGAUGGGCUGCUAUUUAGAACCCCGUACGGUUGAUGGGCACAUUAUGGACAAGAAAAUUCUUGAUUACACCAACUCAGGAUCGAGGAGUCCGGGGCCAGCGGCUUACUGCGUGAAGACAACGAUUGGACCACGAGCAACUGAUCCGUCGAUCGAAAAAAAUCCCGCGUACUCUAUGCCAGGAAAGAAAUCCAAAUACGUGUACGCGCUCGGCCCGGGCCCGAUGUACAACCCCACCGGAGUGUACCGCGUGGGCCGCGACCGAGUGCCGGGCGGCCCGUUCGGCCUGCGCGUGCCGAACGCCGGGCUGGCCGGCGGCCCCGGCCCCGCCGAGUACUGCGUCAAGUCGUCGCUGUCGACGGCCGGUCACCGGAUCGGGCCGCGGCCUUGCCCGCCGAACAUCGAACGGCACUGCGGACCGGCGCCGAACGCGUACUCGCCGUCGUGCCGGAACUGCCGGCUGAGCACGACGCUGGGGCAGCGAAUAGUUCCGUCCAAGGUGUGCCCGACGCCCGGCCCCGGACACUACGAGACGCCGGCGGCUGACCUUUACCUGCCCGGCAGGUUCUCGUCCGGCAAGACGAUUGGACGGCGGUUUGCGGAAAGCCGGAAGCCCGAGAUGCCGGGCCCGGCCACGUACGACAGCAAGCGACCCAAAUGUUGCACCAAAUUCACGUUUGGAGCGAAGAUACCGGACACGGUGCCCGCGUUCAGCGUCACCGCGGACAAUCAACACUACAGGUGUUGA